CGCUGCGCGGGGCGGCUGGCACAGGCGGCGGCGCCGGGGCCGGAGGAAAAACCCCGCCCCCGUUGGUCAUCUCCUCGGACCACUGCUGCCUCACAAAGGCCCAAGGACAACGGGGGAUCAUGUCCCAGGUUCCCCGGCUAUGAGAAGAGCUGUCUGCCCAGUCCCAUUCAGUCCUGUGCCAGGCUCUGCCACUGUUAUCCCCAGCUGCAGUGAGAGGAGGAGGAGGCUGGCACCAUGGGCCCGGGCAGUGUCCUCCAUGCCUGGGGGAUGAAAACGCUGCCAUGGACAGCCCAUGCCAGUCCGACCUCCUGAGCAGGAGUCUCCCUCAGCUGCCCACUGUGGACACCCCUGGGCACAGCCUUUCCAGGAUGGGCUUGGAGAGCUACAUAUCCUGUCCUUCGCAGCCCUCCUUCCACCUGUCUGGUCCUUGUGAGGCUUUGGCUGGCCCCAGCAGCAGUGGGGGUGGCCCUCUGCCCCCAGGAGCCGGGAUCCCCUCAGCUGCUGCCAGCCCCAUGCCCGAGGGGCGCAGUGGGCAAGGGGGAGGGGAGCUGCGACCCUUACAGAGUGAGGGGGCUGCUGUGCUGAUCACCAAGGAGUGCCCGCUGCUGGCUGCCCGGGGGGCCCAGCCCAAAGCCCCUAAGCGGAAGCGGGCCGAGAGUGGUGGCGACACCCCGCCCGGCAAGCGGCGCUGGGUGGAGGAGGGCAGUGAGACACCGGUGCAGAGGGAGGCCAUUGUCUCUGGCGCCGAGCGGCUGGCUGUGGACUACAUCGUGCCCUGCAUGCAAUGCUAUGGCAUCUGUGUGAAGGAUGGCUUCCUCGGGGCAGCCUUGGGCAGCCGAGUGCUGGCGGAAGUGGAGGCCUUGAACCGAGAUGGGCGCUUUCGGGAUGGACAGCUUGUGAGCCAGCGGGCAAUCCCCUCGCGUAGCAUCCGGGGAGACCAGAUUGCCUGGGUGGAGGGGCGUGAGCCGGGCUGCGAGAGCAUCGGGGCCCUGAUGGCCCACGUGGAUGAGGUGAUCCUACACUGUGCCGGGCGCCUGGGCAGCUAUAUCAUCAAUGGCCGGACCAAGGAGCGUCCUGACGGCCCCGCCCCUCUGUGCCUCCCGCAGGCCAUGGUGGCUUGUUACCCUGGUAACGGGCUGGGCUAUGUUCGGCACGUGGACAACCCCCACGGGGAUGGGCGCUGCAUCACCUGUAUCUAUUACCUGAACCGGAACUGGGACAUAAAGAUCCACGGUGGCUUGCUGCAGAUCUUCCCCGAGGGUCGGCCUGUGGUGGCCAACAUCGAGCCUCUGUUUGAUCGGCUGCUGAUCUUCUGGUCGGACCGCAGGAAUCCCCACGAAGUGAAGCCAGCAUACGCCACCAGGUACGCCAUCACUGUCUGGUAUUUUGAUGCCAAGGAACGGGCUGCAGCCAAGGACAAAUAUCAACUAGCAUCAGGCCAGAAGGGCAUUCAGGUGCCAGUGUCCCAGCCAGGCCAGCCUACCUAGUGGAGAGCACUUGGAACCAGCCAGAUGGUCCCCCACCCUGUGCUGCUCUGCUGGCUGCCGGGCUGGGCCGUCCCGGACACCGUGGCCGUUCUCUCUACUGCUGCUUCUGCCUUUGCCUGCCUGCCUUCCCCCUCCCCAUGUGGGUGGAGGGGUUACUGCCAGUCCUGGCGCAGCGGGAGCUGGGCAGGGACAGGCAGCAUCCCGUGCACGUGGCCCUUCCCCCAGCUCCGUAAGGAGUGAGCCUCCCAUGGACUCGACCCACAGUGGGCCCCCCUGGCACUGUCCCCUCUAACCAGGAUACAAGAUUGGAAUUAUUGGGGGUGGGGAGGGUCAUGGCCUCUUGCUGGCAGGGGGGAUGGGUGGGACUCCUGCCCCCUUCCUCCAGCCUGGAAUGUGAAGUGCCCCCCCACCUUGGCCCUGGCCUCCUCUGGACUGAGCCUCCUGUGGGGGUAGGGGUGCUCAGUGGAGCGUCGGCUGCAGACUGGCCGCCCGCCCCCAAAUAAAGUUUACCUCAGAGCCGG